AUGUCGCAACUACAAGACAUCAAGUCCAUCCUGGCCGCAGAGCCAUGGUACUACGACGAAGACCGGCGAUGUGUCAAGUUCUACACUGACGGCACAGGCGAGAUAUGGGACGGCCACGAGACAGCAUUUAUACUAGGCGCCUGUUUCGACUGGAAAGCUCUGAACCCCACAGUGCUAGAUGAGCAGCCGACCAUCACUCAGGGGGCGACUCCCAAGACCCUGGCCCACAUCAGUCUGGAAAUCACCUUGACAGAUCGCCGCUGCCCCUGUCCCAAGGGCUGGAAUUUUGACGAGAAAACCCUCGAACGGAUCAGGAUGAGUAGGUCAAGCUUUAAGGAGAGCGCGUUCCAACCCAGGACCUUCACUGUCCGCAUUGAGAGCGGCACCUUCGCCAAGCCUUUUAUGGAAGACCACGGUGGUGUGAAGUCAUUCGGAGACUUCGCGCACAAGUAUGCGCUGCGUCUUGUUUUUGAUAGGUGUCCCUGGCCGUUACCCGAGGAGUAUAUCGGGGGUUCAGUAAGAAUGACUGAUGAGAGGCUGGUCCGCGUCUCGGGUGGAUAA